UAUUUUGCGAAGUGUAUUAUUAUCAUAAUGUCUCAUAAACAGUUACAAGUGUUUGUAACGUGGAAUUAUACUGAUUUAAUGUAACGUACAUAAACUACCCACAAUGCCUUUCGAAACAUCCAACCCCCAACUGGAAUGCUUUUGGUGUGAAACUCACUCUGCUCAAAUCACAGGCGGGAGAACACCGAGGCAGUCGGUUGAAGUGAAACUGUAGUGUUAAGAGUUCGAAACUGAAAGUUUUAAUAGUUUAUAGCUACCGACUUUUUCCUAAUGAGACGGGAAACUGUGUUUGGGUCGAAGAGGAGGCGGGAAAACGACAUAACAAACAGAAACAAUAACGGUAUCCACUACUAAACCUUACGUUACUGGAGAGGGACGAGGAGUGAUUCAACAGUAUAAAGAUGAUCAUGAAGGGGCAGAAGCGAAAACACCCACCAGAGGAGGUGGAGAUCUCAGACAGGAGCAGCCCAAUGUGGGAGAGCCAGCGCCAGUUAGUGUUCUCAGUUUCCCUGAACAAGUAUCAUCAUGGCCAGGAGCUGCCUGAGCCCAGCCUGCGGAGGUCCGUCCUGAUCGCCAAUACCUUGCGGCAGGUCAGCCUGGAAGCUUUUGCAGCGCCCUCUGUGGACAUUGAGGUGUCACCACCACCCUGUAGCUCUUCAUCUGCACUUCACAAGAGUGUUGUCACCGCAAAACAGCACCCCGCAGAGACGUUUUCUAACAGCCACUCGGCUCUUGUAAGUUGCCCUACGGUUACUUUAAAUGACUUGUCAUAUUGUGUUCCUGCAUCAAAUGCCCCUCUGUCUUUAAAAGAUGAAGAUGAGGACUGGGGAUCCUUGUCCAAGGAUUCUGAUUUUUCCCUUUCAGCUGCCAUCUCAUCCAUCCUCACUGCACUGGACUCUACCAUUGAUAGUUGCUCCCAGGCAGCUCCCCGGACGCCUCUCAGGUCCUUGGAGAACCUGUCGGCGCCCUCUGAUGGAGGUGUGGCGUGGGUGAAGCAGGGACUCAGAGGCUAUGGUGGAGGCUGGGAGCAGCAGGAAGAGGGGAGGGAGUGGGAGAGCAGCACAGAGCUGAUGAGGUGCAGCUACCUCAGUGAGCUCACUGUGGAGGACCUGUUCCAGGAUAUAGACACAUCCCUGCUGGAGAGAGACAUGGAAGUUCUUGGGCUUAUAGGCAGUGGAGGUGAAUGCCCGACUGGGGAUGACCUUUUACGGUAUCUGCCACCUUUCUCCUCCUCCCCCUCACACCCCUUCUCCCUUUCUCUCAACCAGAAUCUGAAGUGCCUGCCUUCGCUCUCCUCAUUCGGCCCGUUGUCCUCCUCUCUACCUUCCCUUUCGUCGCCACACUUCUCGAGUCAGAAUCAUGUGAGAGAAGGACUGGAUCUGGAGCAUCUGAUGGAGAUCCUGGUGGAGUCCUGAUCGCCUCGUGAUUCUGCAAAUAAAUAGCCUGAACAGCAUUCACUAAGUUAGUGAACAGUGAACUGAAAGGCAAAGAGACUGAAUUAUCAAACAAAUCAAAUAUUCACUUUGUUUUUAUAUAUUCCUCAAUGAAAAGUGUAUAAUGGGUUUUAGAAUGUAGUUAGAAUUUGAAACGGUAGGCGUCUAAGACAGGAAAUGCUAAAAUUGGGCUAGCAUGAAGAUUAGCUGUGAAGCAUCUGGCAGCUUUUUGUAAAACAUAAAGCGUUAGUGUUUCACUGGCAAAAAUGGAGGUCAAGUCACGGUGAAAACUAUGUGGGCAGUAAACCAGAUAAGGCUGUUUUUUAAUGAGUCAGCUUAUAAGGAACGGCUGAAAAGCAUUUUACUACAGUGUCCAGUGUGACUAAGUUAAUAGGAACUAGGGAGGGGAAGGGAGGUGUCAGAUUAUAUAACAGGAUUUAUACAGCAAAUAAGAAGAUGUAAGAGGAACAUAACAGAACAUUUGUCAAAUGUAUCACAGCUUCGAGUAAAACUGAGUUCACAUUGAACAUCCUGGUUUACCUAGAGUAGGGGAAAAAAUCAGUAACCAUUACAGUUACUGUUGUUGUGAACAGUGGACUGAACACAUGAGAUAAAUCCCUUUAUAACACUUGUACAAUGUGAGAGGAUGUGGUGAGGCUGGUAUUCGAAGGAGAAUAACUGAUACACUAGUAUAUUAUGGUUCAAACUUCUAUGAAGAAACAUUUUAGCCUCAUAUUUAUCACUGAGAUCGAACAGGGGGCCCGGUAUCAGGUGCUAAGAGAUGAGGUCAGGAUUUUAAGAAUAGCAGCGCCCAGAAAAUGUGAGUUUUAUUCAGAAGAAAUUCACAAGAACUGGUAUUUUCUUUUCAAUGUGUAUAAUUAUUUAAGGUUAUUGUUAACUUUGAGAUUCUUCUUUGUAUCCAUCAGUUCAUUAUCAGUUAUACUUCACCAACCGGAGGUACAGUAUAUUUUCAUGUAUCCUAUUUUAGCAGUAAAGAAUAAUGCUCAGUGAAAAUCUCCUGCCUCUCUACCAGCGGACUGUUCAACAGAUGUUUCUAUUCAAAUAGCUUUACAGUAUUCUGUGCUAACACAUUGUCAUGGAUUCAAUGUAGCAGUUCAGAGCCACUGUGUCACAACCACUACACAGAUUCUGUUGUACAGAUGUGAUAUUACUGAUCCGUCCUCCUGGGUGUGGAGCAGCACGCUGUUAGCCAUGUUGGCUGAUGGAGUGUAGGUGGUGCUGCCUGACAGCCUGUGAACACUGGUUUACCAUUAGGUCAGUUUAGGGGGGUCCACUCGUGUUGUCUGGUUUACAUCUGAAUUCUUGCACUUUUGUAAAUUUAUUUAGCAGUGGUAAAACUAAGCCUAAUAAUUAAUUUGAACCCGUGAAGUGAAGCCCAAUGUUAUGUUAAUUCUUUCAAAGAAAACCACUUUGGUCAGGUGUUUUGAACUGCAUCGUAACCAGCUGUAUGUUGAUCUAGCAUGUAAUCCAUCUCUGUUGAAAUGGUAAAUAAUGAUAAAUAGUUUGGGAACACAUGAUACCUUUCUGUCAGGCGUUUGUACUUUGAUCCUGUUUUAGAUCAGUUGCUCUUUUGAGUACCUGGACUGCAGUCUAUUUAUAAAUGGAGUAUUUGUGAACAAGAUGAGUUAUGUCGUUCCAUAUUUUUCUAUUUUCUAAUGGUUUAUUAAUGUACAGUCAUGGCAGUUAUUUUAUUGACUUGUAUUUUCUCUAUGAAUAUUUGAAUGGUUAUGUUUAAUUGAGGGCAGAAUGCCUGGACACUAUGUAUUUACGGUAGAUGUAAUUUUUAUAAAUGCAAAUGCUGUUUAACUAUACUGAUAUUUUGAAUAAAAUGUGAAA